AUGGUUGUUGGUCCACCUGGAGCUGGGUACCCCUUGGAGUGUAAGAGAGAUAGACCAGGGACGACCUAUAGAACUCCAUUUCCCGGCGUUGAGCGGCUCCCGGAAGUGAAAGGAUACCAGGACCAUGGACAAUCAGGGAGAAACGGCUCACCUGGAAUUUUCCAGGGAAAAGAAGUAUCAGCAACUGCCUUGUUUUUCCUCCAAUUCGCUAAUAGGUGUAUUUAG